CCAGAGCCUCAAUUCGCAGCAUCGCAACCUCGUCCUCGCAUCUCGUCUCUCCCCCCCGCGGCACGCGCUGCGAUAAGGCCUCUUCCGCCUCGACCUUGUCCUCCGUCGUCAGAUCUCUCCGUCCAGCAACCGCAUCAGCACAAGCAGCACCACCAUGGUGGUCGCAACCAUCAAGUGCGUUGUCGUCGGCGACGGUGCCGUUGGCAAGACUUGUCUUCUCAUCAGCUACACCACCAACAAGUUCCCUUCGGAAUAUGUGCCGACCGUCUUCGACAACUAUGCCGUCACCGUCAUGAUCGGUGACGAGCCUUAUACCCUGGGACUGUUCGAUACGGCCGGACAGGAAGAUUAUGACCGACUGCGUCCCCUUUCAUACCCCCAGACCGACGUCUUCCUCGUCUGCUUCAGCGUCACGUCGCCCGCCUCGUUCGAAAACGUUCGCGAGAAGUGGUUCCCCGAGGUCCACCACCACUGCCCCGGCGUCCCAUGCCUGAUUGUCGGUACCCAGGUCGACUUGCGGGAUGAUCCCAGCGUGCGCGAGAAGCUUGCCAAGCAGAAGAUGAGCCCCGUCCGCCGCGAGGACGGCGAGCGCAUGGCCAAAGACCUGGGCGCGGUGAAAUAUGUCGAAUGCAGCGCGUUGACUCAGUACAAGCUCAAGGACGUGUUUGAUGAGGCCAUAGUCGCUGCAUUGGAACCACCGGCCCCCAAGAAGAAAUCCCACAAGUGCCUCAUUCUAUAAACCACGAGUCUCAGGAAAUUGCGUCAUAGGAUAUUGCCAUUGUUUUCGCUCGGU